AUGGCCUCAUCCAGCGAGGAGCCCAAAAGCUCCGACAUACAGAUCUUAGCACCACAAAAGAUGCCAACACGGAAAGAGGUCCUCUUGGGGUGUUUGGAGGAUUUGGGAUCUGAUGAUUUUGACAAAUUCAAGUGGUACCUUCGUCAGCAGGGAGUCCUUGAAGGCUUCAAACCAAUCCCUAAGAGUCAACUGGAGAAAGCAAACAGAACGGACACACUGGAUCUGAUGGACAAGAGCUACUACAAAAACACUAUAACAGUGACCAGAAUGAUUUUAGGGAAGAUGAAUCAGAAUGAUCUAGUGGGGCGUUUGUCCCACCUCUCAGAACCUAAAGAGAGUCUUGCUGAGGACCAGCCCACACCCAAGUCUAAACAGAAGAAAAUAGUUCAGCGUCUGUUUUUGUAUUGUGGUCUGAAGAAGAGUGAAAGUCCUGCAAAGUGUCGACGUAAACUCAAGUCUAACCUGCAGAAGAAGUUCCAGUGUCUGUUUGUGGGGAUCGCUAAAGCAGGAAACCCAACCCUUCUGAAUGAGAUCUACACACCGCUCUACAUCACAGAGGGAGGGACUGCGGAGGUCAAUGAUGAACAUGAGAUCAGACAGAUUCAAACAGCAUCCAGGAAACCAGACAGACCAGAAGCAACAAUCAGACAAGAAGACAUCUUUAAAGACUCAUCUGGAAGAGAUGAACCACUCAGAACAGUGAUGACAAAGGGAGUGGCUGGCAUUGGGAAAACAGUCUUAACAAAGAAGUUCAUUCUGGACUGGGCUGAAGACAAAGCCAACCAGGACAUACACUUCACAUUUCCAUUCACUUUCAGAGAGCUGAAUGUGCUGAAAGAGAAAAAGUACAGCUUGGUGGAACUUGUUCAUCUCUUCUUUACUGAAACCAAAGAAGCAGGAAUCUGCAGGUUUGAAGAGUUCCAGGUUGUGUUCAUCUUUGACGGUCUGGAUGAGUGUCGACUUCCUCUGGACUUCCACAACAAUGAGAUCCUGACUGAUGUAAUGAAGUCCACCUCAGUGGAUGUGCUGCUGACGAACCUCAUCAGCGGGAAACUGCUUCCCUCUGCUCGUGUCUGGAUAACCACACGACCUGCAGCAGCCAAUCAGAUCCCUCCUUGGUGUGUUGACAUGGUGACAGAGGUCAGAGGGUUCGAUGACCCACAGAAGGAGGAGUACUUCAGGAAGAGAUUCAGAGAUAAGAAGCAGGCCAGAACCAUCAUCUCCCACAUCAAGACAUCACGAAGCCUCCACAUCAUGUGCCACAUCCCAGUCUUCUGCUGGAUCACUGCUACAGUUCUGCAGUGGACCAUGAAGAGCAGUAAGAUUGGAGAGCUGCCUGACAGCCUAACAGAGAUGUUCCUCCUCUUCGUGGUGCUUAUAUCCAACGUCAAGAACACAAAGUAUGAUGGAGGAGAUAAAAAAGAUUUACACUGGAAUCCAGAUAGCAGGAAGAUGAUUGAGUCUCUGGGAAAACUGGCUUUUGAGCAGCUUCAGAAAGGCAACCUGAUCUUCUAUGAAUCAGACCUGACAGAGUGUGGCAUCAAUAUCAGAUCAGCCUCAGUGUACUCAGGAGUGUUCACACAGGUCUUUAAAGAGGAGAGAGGGCUGAACCAGGACAAGGUGUUCUGCUUUGCCCAUCUGAGUGUUCAGGAGUUUCUGGCUGCUCUUCAUGUCCAUCUGACAUUCAUCAACUCCGGAGUCAAUCUGCUGGCAGAAAAAAGAACAUCCUGGUGGUCUAAAAGAAGAAACGACAAAUCAACACAUUUCUACCAGAGUGCUGUGCAUGAGGCUUUAGAAAGUCCGAAUGGACACCUGGACUUGUUCCUCCGCUUCCUCCUGGGUCUUUCACUGCAGACCAAUCAGACUCUCCUACGAGGCCUGAUGACAGAGACAGGAAGUAGCUCAGAGAACACUCAGGAAACUGUCAAGUACAUCAAGAAGAAGAUCAGUAAGAGUCUGUCUGCAGAGAGAAGCAUCAAUCUGUUCCACUGUCUGAAUGAACUGAAGGAUCGUUCUCUAGUGGAGGAGAUCCAACAGUCACUGAGAUCAGGAAGUCUCUCCACACUUAAACUGUCUCCUGCUCAGUGGUCAGCUCUGGUCUUCAUCUUACUGUCAUCAGAAAAAGAUCUGGACGUGUUUGACCUGAAGAAAUACUCUGCUUCAGAGAAGGCUCUUUUGAGGCUGCUGCCAGUGGUCAAAGCCUCCAACAAAGCUCUGUUGAGUGGCUGUAACCUCUCAGAGAGAAGCUGUGUAGCUCUGUCCUCAGUUCUCAGCUCCCAGUCCUCUAGUCUGAGAGAUCUGGACCUGAGUAACAACAACCUGCAGGAUUCAGGAGUGAAGCAGCUUUCUGCUGGACUGGAGAGUCCACACUGUACACUGGAAACUCUCAGCCUGUCAGGAUGUCUGAUCACAGAGGAAGGCUGUGCUUCUCUGGCCUCAGCUCUGAACUCCAACUCCUCCCAUCUGAGAGAGCUGGACCUGAGCUACAAUCAUCCAGGAGACUCAGGAGAGAAGAUCUUGUCUGCUAGACUGAAGGACACUCUCAGCCUGCAGCCUGCUGGAGAACGAUGGUUGACACCAGGUCUGAAGAAGUAUGCCUGUGAACUCACAUUGGAUCCAAACACAGUGAACACAAACCUCAAACUGUCUGACAACAACAGGAAGGUGACAUAUGUGAAGGGGGAUCAAUCACAUCCUGAUCAUCCAGACAGAUUUGAUGUCUUUCCUCAGAUACUGUGUACAGAUGAUCUGACUGGUCGCUGUUACUGGGAGGUUGAAUGGAGAGGAAAUGUUGAUAUAUCAGUGAGUUACAGAAGAAUCAGCAGGAAAGGAGGCAGUGAAGACUGUGUGUUUGGGAGGAAUGAUCAGUCCUGGAGUCUGGACUGUUCUGAUAGUGGUUACUCUGUCUAUCACAAUAACAGUGGAACACCCAUCUCCUUGUCCUCCUCCUCCUCUGUCUCUCACAGAGUAGCAGUGUAUGUGGACUGUCCUGCUGGCACUCUGUCCUUCUACAGAGUCUCCUCUGACACACUGAUCCACCUCCACACCUUCAACACCACAUUCACUGAGCCUCUGUGUGCUGGGUUCAGAGUCCAGUCUGGUUCGGUGUCUCUGUGUCGUCCGAGGAAGGAGAGUUUCCUGUCAGAGAAACUUUCUCAUGUUUUUUCCAUACCAACCUGA